AUAGUUAGUACUUCACGAAAUGACAUCCUCGCUGUACUAGAUGCUGUGCAGAAGGAGUACAAUGAAACUAAAAAAGCAGAGAAAAAGGAAUUUCUGGAAGAAUUUCAAAUAAUGGAAAAGGAAAUUCAAUUCGAAAAAGUGCUCCAAGAAGCAGAUGCCCUUCUCACUGCAUUCACAACACGACAGGGAGAAGUUAAAUUUGAGAACUCUUCUGCUAUGAAAAAGCUCAACUUGGAAUAUUCCCCAGUAAAGCGCGAGAAUGACGUAUUUCCUGCUGAUCUCCUAGAAACCGCAGCUCCAUCUGCAUUCCAUAACAUACAGCGGGACGGACAAAGCGUAGAACAUGCGUCACAAGUUUCCGACAAAUCAGCGAGCGCUGGAGAUAUCCGUAAUCAGCAAAGAAGAUCAGAAGAGAUUGAAACAUCCUCAAAACAACAUCAAGAGAUACAGAAGCAUAACGGAAAUGCUCCGCGAAAUCAAAGCUGUAACGAAAACAAACAAGGAUCUCAGUCAGCUAUCCAGCCUCCAAGAAUUACAAUCCCUCAGUUUUCAGGAAACUUGGAGGACUUCCAGGAAUACUGGGCUGUCUUUGAAGUCAUGGUUCACCUCAAUGCCAACCUAAAUGAGACAGAAAAAAUGCUUCUCUUGAAAGAAAGUCUAGUCGGCAAAGCAGCCACCACAAUAAAGGGAAUCAAAAUGAUACCCCAGAACUACUCAUGGAUGGUGGACGUUAUAAAGAAGAAGUAUGACAAUCUCACCAACACACGUGCGAAUGUGAUCAAAAGAUUAAUAGCUCUCAGUCCCGCAAAAGACAGUGCAAAAUCUUGCGAGACAAUUUUCGAUAACAUCCGCUCACUAAUAAAUGAAAUGACCUCAUCGGGGUAUAACAUCUGCAAGACCCAAGACCCCAUGUGGAUAGAAACAAUCUUGAAGAAGUUUCCCCGACAAGUUGUGGAAGAAUUCUUACGAGAAGAAAAGAACGGUCAGGCAUGUACCGUUGGGGAAGCUCUUGACAGAUUAGAAGUAGUGAUACUGCGGAACGCGUAUAUUUCAGAGCGGCUUGGCCAUCAAAAUCAAGACCAAGUUAAUGCCUCCACUCGAAUGUCAAAAAUGGAAACACAGAUGACAUGUUUCUGCAACUUCUGCACAAGGAAUACGCGGAAUAUCAAGGCGCUUCUGUCUCACCAUGUAGUUUUGCGUAACCAAACUGCCCAAGGAACAGAAAUGCUGUUCACAGUGAAAACCAAACCAAUUAUAACCACAGGUUUCCCAUCAAUUCAUCUUGCAGAACGGGACACAUUGUUCAUGGAAGAGUAUGGUAUAUAUCUCUCGAAUACACGCAUGCGGGGAGAACAUCAAUACCCUCAUGUGUUGACAGGGCUCGAUCUAUACAGUUCGUUUGUCUAUGAACAUCAUCCCCCUAUGCAAUUGCCUACAGGCUCC